UUUCACCAUGAUGAGCUAAACCCAACACUGGGACGACGGAGGAGACCGUGUUUCAUCCAUGUGAUGGACCGUCAUUUUCUGUGUGGUUAUCCGGGGUACCGAUGCAUGCCCAUACCAUGUUAAUGUGAAGUCAACAGUUGAUGAGUUGAAGUCGCAUGUUUGUUCUUAUUGGAAUAACAUUUCAUCGGACUCAAUUCAGUUUGUAUUUGACUAUGAGGGGAGAAGCAAUGUUGUUGACAGUGAUGUGAAGAUCUAGUCUUUCUUAUCAUUGUGUAUUGUUAAGGAGUUGUCUUUCUUGGAGCUUCGUUUAUUUGGACGUGUUCCUCUUCGUGCUCCUGAUUUUGUUCGUGAACCUACUAUGAGCGAGUUUCGUUUAGCACCAGACCCUAGCAAAGAUCAGUUGGUUAUUCCUCGUCAUCUUCUGAGCAGCAGUACAAUGAGCGAGUUUCGUUUAGCACCAUACACUAGAAGAGAUCAGUUGGUUAUUCCUCGUCAUCUUCCGAGCAGCAGUACAAUGAGCGAAUUUCGUUUAGCACCAGACGCUAACAGAGAUCAGUUGUUUAUUCCUCGUCAUCUUCCGAGCAGCAGUAAAGUUACUCGUACACCUACAAUGACGGAGUUGCUUUUAGGUAAAGUCAAUAGCUCAGAUCAGUCACCUAUUCCUUCCUCUCAAGAGCUUUUUUCUCUCAAGAUAUCCUCAUGUCUCAAGAACGUGCAUUCAAUGGAAAGUUGGCAGUUAAAAGAUCUUGCAAGGCGGCUGAAUGGGAGUUUAUUAUAAAAGGUGUUGGUCAAUAUUUUUGUGGAGGACGAGAUGAAGCUCUUCUUGUUGUUGAGAAAUAUAACCAUUUUUUUGGUCGCAAGGUCAGAGUCAUCAAGAGCAAUCCAUAACGGUAUACGAUGGAGUGUUUUUACAAGGAGCAAUUUACUUGCGACUGGAUGUUCCAUGCAGCUCCGAAGACUUCUAAUGUGAAGGGUCAUUUAUUCCUCAAGACCUAUAACGGGGAACACACAUGCUGUGCUGGUUAUAGUGACGGAACAAAGGCUGAUCCAGUUACGCGCGAACUUGUCAAGAGCUUGAUAUUUGACCAGAUCGAACAGAAUCCCAACAAGAAAGUCAAGGAUAUUGUUAGAGAAUUCAAAAGUGAUUAUGGGUUAGAAUUUAUCUACGAUCAGGCGCAUGCUGGGAAAGAAUUAUGUUUGAAGGAAUUGUAUGGUGAGGACCCUAAAUCAUACACCGACUUGGAUUGGUGGUGUGAAGCCGUGAAGAAACACGAUCCAGGAAGUAGGGACGAUUUAGUUAUUGAAAGGGGCCAGUUUAAGAGUUUUUUCUUAUCCUUCGAUGCUUCCAUAUCGGGUCUCGAAUAUUAUCGCCCGGUAUUGUUCUUGGAUGCAACUUUCCUAACUGGAAAAUUUAGGGUUGUCUUAUGGCGGCUACCGGGAAGAAUGUGAAUAAUGGAAUACUUCCUAGGGCGUACGGUAUCGUUUCAAGUGAAACUAUUGACAAUUGUCAUUGGUUCUUGGUUAAACUAAAAUCUAGCUUGGGUCCUCGGGUACUAAGUUUUAUUUCGGAUCGCCAUGAAGGUUUGAUCCAAGGGAUUCGUGAUGUUUUUCCAACUUUCCAUCAUGGUUUUUGUUACCAGCAUUUGAAGAACAAUGUCUGCGGUAAGACCAACAAGAAAAAGGGAGAGCAUGGUGCUGCGAUGGAUUUUUUCAAACAAUGUUUCUAUUCAUCAACGCAUGAAGGCUUUCAUCAAGGUAUGCAAAAGUUGAAGGAUAUGGGAUGUGAUGGACUUCACAAAUUCUUGAGUGACCUUCCACUGGAAUGUUGGUCCAAUGCACAUUGUCUGGGCUGUCGUUAUGGCGACAUGUGUUCAAACAUUGCAGAGUCGUUCAACUCUUGGAUUAGGGAAGCAAAAGGUAUGCCUAUUGAAACACUUGUUAACUGGAUUAGACUUAACAUAAUGGAUCAGAUGAGUAAAAGGAAGUUGAAGGGGGCGAUGUAUAAAGGAUUCAUUUGUCCCAGUCUAGAGAAAAAAGUGAUGGCUUCCAUCCGUGUUGGUGUCCAGUGGAGAAUAACCAAGUCUGGGGACAUGGACUGGGAAGUUUUUGAUGGAAAGCACGUGCAUGCUGUUAAUAUUGCGAAUUUUCACUGCAGAUGUAGGGUUUGGUUUACUGAGCAGUUCCCUUGUGAUCACGCUAUUCCGUGUAUGCAUUCAUCUAAGAUCAAUGUUUACGAGUACAUUAAUCCAUUUUUCAGCAUUUCCAGCUUCCGUGCUUCGUAUGAUCGUCCUAUCAAGCCCAUUACCGAUUACGACAAGCCUAUUGAUGUUGCCACUGGAAAUCUCGUAAAGCCACCAACUGUCCUAUGGAAAAAACCUGGUAGGCCGAAGAGGAAGCAGAUUCCUAACACUGGUAGCGCAAGUUUCAAGAGAUCAAUUACGUGCGGUAACUGCCAUACUCAGGCACAUCAUAACAAGACGACGUGUCCUCAUCCUCCUGCGAAAAAGCAAUCACUGUGGUAAAAAUAUACAUCUACAACUGGAGAUUUACAACACUUCGUUAUACAUCGUAGAAAGUCCUAUGCUUUACAACUGGUUUCAAAGAAAGAGUUGUCGUAUAUCAUCACUA